AUGCACGAGAAGCUAUCGAUUGGAGCGAACAAGGCACUUCCGACUUCCCCUUCUAAAUCACCAAGCUACGUUGAUUUCGAAGGAACCGAUGACCCCUCACAUCCUCAGAGUUGGAAACUGUCUAAGAAACUUUUCAACUCUAUCCUAGUUUGCUCAGGAACCUUCAUCGUCUCUUUAACAAGCGCCAUCUUCGCACCAGGAAUCGACAAAGUAAGCAAAGCCUUCGGAGUUGGAACAGAAGUCGGAACACUUGGAACAACCCUCUACGUCCUCGGCUUCGCAUCAGGACCUCUGAUCUGGGCCCCUUCAUCCGAGCUACGGGGCAGAAAAUGGCCAUUGACAGUCGGAAUGUUAGGCGGAGGAAUCUUCACAAUUGCAUGCGCAGUGUCCAAAAAUAUCCAGACUUUGAUCAUAUGCCGUUUCUUCGCUGGCAUGUUUGGCGCAAGCCAACUAACCGUCGUCCCCGGUGUACUGGCUGAUCUAUACAAUAAUACCACCCGCGGCGCUGCAAUUUCACUAUAUGCACUGACUGUCUUCGUGGGCCCGUUUAUGGCUCCUUUUGUGGGUGGCUUCAUUGCAUCGAGUUAUCUUGGCUGGCGGUGGACUCUUUACAUCCCGGCGAUUUUUAGUCUGGGGAAUGGGUUAGUGAGUGUUCUUUUCUUGGAUGAGACGUAUCCGCCUUGUAUUCUCGUGGCAAAGGCUGUUGCUAUCCGCAAGGAGUCUCAAAAGAAUAUUCUUGCCAGACACGAGGAGAUCGAGGUUAGCAUUUCAGGUCUUGUGGAGAAAUACUUCACACGUCCGUUGAAGUUGCUCUUUACGGAACCUAUUAUCCUCGUGGUCUCGGUUUACAUGUCUUUCAUUUAUGGCCUUGUUUAUGCGCUUCUUGAGGCAUAUCCUUUCGUCUUUGAACAUGUGUAUGGGAUGACUCCUGCUAUUGCUGGGUUAAUGUUCAUUGGUCUCAUUGUCGGCGUGGUGCUUGCGUGUGCUUUUAUUCUUUUCGGGCAAUUGGACUAUGCAAGGAAACUGGCAGAGAAUAAGGGUGUCACAGUGCCUGAGUGGCGCCUCGCUCCAACAUUACUAGGAGCGCCUGUUUUUACGAUAGGUCUCUUUUGGUGGGUACAAUGA